CAAAGCCUUUUCCCUGCCAGGCAAAACAGCAACUUCGUCUCUGAUCAUUCAGAAGAAAGAGAGAGGAUCGCCAUGAACGACCUGAGCGAAGAUGACAUGGCGCUCAUCUCUGAGCUUUACCCUGGAGUGUACAUGCGACCAUCUCCUCCUCCACAAGAGGCAAAGCCGCCGCGGCGGAGGCGGAAGAAGAGCAGAGGACUCGAGAACCCGGGGGAAGAAGGAGGAGGUACAGGAGGCGAGGGGCGGGGGAAGCGGAAGCUGACCGCGGAGCAGGUGGAGCUGCUGGAGCAGAACUUCGGGGACGAGCACAAGCUUGAGUCGGAGCGGAAGGACCGGCUAGCGGCGGAGCUCGGGCUCGACCCGCGGCAGGUGGCGGUGUGGUUCCAGAACCGGCGGGCCCGGUGGAAGAGCAAGAAGCUGGAGGUGGAGUACGCCAAGCUGAAGUCCGUCCACGAGACCGUCGUGGUGGAGAAAUGCCGUUUUGAGUCCGAGGUGCUGAAGCUCAAGGAGCAGCUUUCGGAGGCAGAGAUGGAGAUCAAGAGGCUGUCGGAGAAAGCUGAUCUCGGGCUCUCCGGCAACAGCCCAUGCUCCUCCGUCACGGCCGAUGCUGCUACAGACGAUCCCGUGUGGGGAGAUUUUGGAGUUGCUGGAGAAUGUGAUGACCAAGAUGUGCUGUACUACAUGCCCCAGAAUGCUUAUUUACAGGGCUUGGAGUGGUACAAUCAAUAUGUGUAGUUAGAGGGUUAAUUUUCUAGCGAAUGAUUGCUCUUAGGAUAUGUGUAGAUACUGACCCGUGCGCUGUAAAAUUCAUCUUCUAAUAUAUGACUUCUAGCUGUUGUUAAAUAUGCGUAAUCAAUGGAGAUGAUAAUUGUACUCGAGCCAUCGAAAAGAACUACCAUUGAUGGUCGAAUUAUAUAGAA